GGCGCGUAUCACGUGGUGCGCGUGUCGAAGGUCACAGCGCGCUCACAAUGGAGCUCUCGGAGUUCGUGCAGAAAGGCUUCCAGAUGCUGGCCGAUCCCGGCUCCUUUGACUUCAACGCCUUCACGCUUCUCCUCCGGGCGACUUUCCAGAGCCUGCUGGACGCCCAGGCGGACGAGGCCGUGUUAGAUCACCCAGACUUGAAACAUAUCGACCCAGUAGUGUUAAAACAUUGUCAUGCAGCAGCUGCAACUUACAUACUGGAAGCAGGAAAGCAAAGAGCUGACAAGUCAACUCUAAGCACUUAUCUAGAAGACUGUAAAUUUGAUAGAGAGCGAAUAGAACUGUUUUGCACGGAAUAUCAGAAUAAUGAGAAUUCCCUAGAAAUCCUACUGGGAAGUAUAGGAAGAUCUCUGCCUCAUAUAACUGAUGUUUCUUGGCGUUUGGAAUAUCAGAUAAAGACAAAUCAACUUCAUAAGAUGUACAGACCUGCAUAUUUGGUGACCUUAAAUGUAGAGAACAUUGAUUCCCGAUCCCACCCAGAGAUUAGCUUUAGUUGCAACAUGGAACAAUUACAGGACUUAGUGGGGAAACUUAAAGAUGCUUCGAAAAGCAUGGAAAGAGCAAGUCAAUUGUAACUUGGGGAAGUUAGCGAUCUGCCCGGGUCUAGAAGAGGACCAGGAACGCCUUGCCGUCGGCCGAACCGUCAUUUGUGCAAGCUGAAUGUCUUCCUUUUCAAUAGAAAAAAAAAUUCCUUUUGGAUUGAUGACACUCAAUUUUGACACAUUUUGCUUUUGCGAAAGUUAAAUUCUGCCUAAGUGUUUGAGUCUUUAGUGUUAACUGUACAUUCAUCCCAUUUUUAUCUUUUUUCAAGACUUCUAAAAGGAAAUAGCAUUUACACUGAAUAAAUGAGUUCCCACCAAAACUGG